AUCUGGCUCAUCCCAAGGGAACAAUGGCAUUCACAGGCAAAUACGAGUUCGAGGCUGAUGAGAACUACGAUGCCUUUGUGCAGAAGAUUGGUCUCUCCAGUGAGAAGGUUGAAAUGGGAAGGAACUGCAAGAUUGUGACUGAGGUGGUGCAGAAUGGGAAUGACUUCACCUGGACACAGCACUUCCCUGGGGGCCGCACCACCACCAACAGCUUCACCGUGGGCAGCGAGGCAGACAUGGAGACCUUCGGGGGCAAGAAGUUCAAGGCAACUGUCAAAAUGGAAGAUGGGAAACUUGUAGCUGAUUUCCCCAACUACCGCCACACUGCAGAGAUCUCUGGGGGGAAGCUGGUAGAGAUUUCCACUUCUUCUGGUGUAGUCUACAAAAGGACCAGCAAAAAGAUUGCCUAAGGCAGCAAGGCCAGUCUGUUCUAGUGCACUGAAAGCCAACAAUAAAACAAAUAAAAU